AGUAUACUAUUUGAUAUAAAAUUUCGUAACAAAGUCCCUCCAUCCUUUCUAUUUGAGUCGCGUGAAGUUCAACCCAUCACCGAUUAACGGCCAUCCCCUCCCUUCCAUCAAUCUGCACUCUCUCUCUCCCUCCAGCUCCUCGGUCAAACGUUCAUCAAAACCCUCCCACAUUAAAAAAAAAAAAAAUUGCUGCUUCUAUCACUCCUGCUAAUUCUCCCGACGAUCUGUAAUGAAGAAUGCAUCGGAGUCUCAAUAAAAUGGCGGAGCAGGUGGAGGAGCCAGUAGAUAACAACAGCAACGACAAAGUAAACAACGGCUCAACAGAAUCUAACAGAAACGAGAAUAAUAACAACAAUAAUGAUGAAGAGAAAAAGGAUAAGAAGAAAAAUGUAGAUCCAGAAUUAUUCAGCUGUUUGCUUCAGCCUGUUACUUCGGAUUCCGAUCCUGAUUACAUCGGCAUUCGCCGUCUCCUUCUCUACAGGAAAGCCGAGUCCGGUGUUCGCCGCCGUCUUGAUUGGAGAUGCAAUGGAAAAGGGUAUGCGAGCUAUCGUAAUUACAUUCGCAGGCCAAGAAAUUGGGAUAGUUUGCCAAGCCACCAAAGCACUCCCGGUAACAGUGGGCGAUGGCUUCAAUCUACGACUCCACCUUCCCAUUUGUUCGAGGUGGACAGUUGGACUUCCAGCAGGGACCUGCGAAGUACCAAUCUGCCUUCUACUCACAGAACAAGUUUCAGCUCAACUGCAAGUGAUAAUGAUUCCCUACGCCGCCGAGGGGCUGAACCUGCAUAUUCUUUUGUAGGAAUGCAUUGCAUCUUUGAUCAGUGCAAAGCUGCUGUUACUGUUUUGAAGUUUGGGCACAUGAGUUCUGAUUUGCUUGCAUAUGGGGCGUCAGAUGGAACCUUGACAGUGUGCUUAGUCUCAGACCCACCUUCAGUCAUCAAAAAAUUAGAGGGCCAUUCUAAAGAUGUCACAGAUUUCGACUUCUCGUCCAAUAAUCAGUACAUUGCUUCAGCAUCCAUGGAUAAAACUGUGAGAGUAUGGGAGUUAUCAAAAGGGAUUUGCAUUCGAGUAAUAUAUGGAGUCUCUUCACAAUUGUGUAUUCGUUUUCAUCCUGUAAACAACAACUUCCUCUCAGUUGGCAAUGCAAACAGAGAAAUUACCGUAUUCAAUUUCAGCACUGGCAGGAUUAUUAAUAAAUUGGUGUUUGACGAUAAGGUUACAUCCAUGGACCAUGAUCACACUGGUCACCUCAUUUUCUGCGGGGAUGCACAGGGAUGUGUAUACUCCACAAGCAUGGACUCACACACAGGUGCAUUGUCCCGGUCUCAUCGUUAUCGAAGUAGUGGCAAGAGCAAAUAUCCAGUAACAACUGUUCAGUACCGGAGUUUCUCUCUGCUAGCAGGAGGCCCUGUGUUGCUGACCUGUACUCAAGAUGGAAGUUUGUCGUUCUAUAGUGUUGCCUUGGAAAUAAAAGGUUAUCUGACUCUUCGUUGCUCACUCAAAUUGGCUCCACGAGUACAUAGCAUCCGGGCUUCUUUCUGCCCCUUACUUUCCCUUGAAAAAGGAGAGUAUAUAGUUGCCGGAAGUGAGGAUUCAAACGUUUAUUUCUAUGAUUUGACUCGGCCAAAGCAUACAUGCGUCAACAAGCUACAGGGUCAUCGCUUUCCAGUCGGUGAUGUUGCGUGGAACCACGGGGAGAAUUUGCUGGCUACAUCCGAUCUGUAUGGCAUCGUUAUUGUAUGGAAGAGAGAGAAGACAAGUCAAGACAAAUAUAAGCGGUAACAAGUCUCGCCCACACUCCAAGAUGAAACAGGGAAAUUUAGCUUUGCGUUGUCUCAUCAUUCUUUGGUAACUGCUAAGCCACCUGUAGCAUAUGUUUCGCGAUUCAUUUGUAUCAGAAUGUGAAAACUGAGCUUCCAUUGUUUGUAUUGAAUUUUGCACCCAUCCUCUAACCAUCAGCAUGCACAUGGCAUUGAAGAGCCUAAAUGAAAACGAAACAGAAUCAUUCUUGUUAUUAAA